AGAUGUAACACGAAUGCAUCACGGCAUAUACUUCAUGCAACAAUCCAGCCUGGGAUUACAAUAGGAGUCUAGUAGAUUACAAUUCUCAACGAGGUGAACAAAGGGCAUUCAUUCUGCAGGGGCCUUUGCCAACCGAAUGCGAAUGUCGACAUCUCAGAGUCAAGUAAACGAUCCUGCCCCAGGGGACGAUCCAAUGCGCAUCCCCUCCCUCCACCGAUUCCUUGGGCUGGCGAAAUCCGCUCUCCGCCAACCGGGAAAGAAGACGUUCGUAGUGGGAAACGAAUCAGUAGACCUCGACACCUUGACCAGCUCGCUUCUGCUCUCCUAUCUCCGCUCCUAUCCGAUCGGAAAGACGGAUCGGUCACAAAUCUCAGGCGCGAUCCCUGGUUCCCAUCCUCUAACUAUCCCGCUCAUCCCCCUCCCGCGCGCUGACCUUCGUCUUCGCCCCGAAUUUAUCCCGGUCCUCCAGUCCGCGGGUGCGGAAGUAGAUGAUUUGAUCACGCUGGAUGAUCUGGAAGCCCCUGUAUCAUAUGGACGCGCGGAAGCACAGGAACCUCCCGAUCUCAUCUUAGUGGAUCACAAUGCCCCGACAGGCGCGGUCAAAGCACUCAAUGGGAAAGUGAUCGGGUGUAUCGACCACCAUGUGGACGAGGGUGUGGUUUCAAACGACGCGGAACCAAGGAUCGUGGAGAUGGCGGGGAAUUGUGGGAGCUUGGUGUUGGACUGGGCAGUCAAGAGCGGGUUAUGGGAGGAAGAUCAAGCACGGUUGACGAGUGGUGAAGACGCGUGGACCGUUGCUGGGUUGGCGAAGAUGGCUAUGGCCAGCAUCUUGGUGGACACAACAAACCUGAAAGCAAAAGAGAAGGUGAAGGAGGUGGACGAGUGGGCGGUUGGAUAUCUAGAGAGUGUCAUCCAGGCAGUGGAGACACGUGGAGUGCGGCUGGGCGAGGCGGAUUCGGAGCGUUAUGGCCGGGACAGGUGGCACAAGCUCGUGAACGGGAUCAAGAAGGAGUUGAAGGGGCUCUCCGCGGAAGAGAUGCUCCGGAAAGAUUACAAGGAAUGGGAAGAGAAGGACGGGAAAGUUGGCAUCGCAUCUGUGGUGAAGCCGCUGGCCGAGAUCAUCGACCGAGCAAGUCCACAGACACGCGACGAAAGGGGUAUGGAAGCGCUUGCACACAUUUCAGAAGCCUUCGCCAAGACGAGGGGAUUGGAUCUGUUCGUGGUAAUGACAACGUUCAAAGAUACCCACAAGCAGUUCAGACGAGAGCUAAUGCUCAUGGCCAUAUCAGAGAGGAUGCAGAGCCUACUGGGCGGGUUCCAGGAGAAGUCGGAAGAGCUCCAACUGGAGGCGUGGCAGGCUGAUGAGAGGAUGACUGCCGCCGUACGACACAUGGGAAUGAAGGUUUGGAUGCAAGGGAAUACCAGCUGGAGUCGGAAACAAGUGGCUCCAUUCAUCAGGGGAUUGCUAAAGGACGCCUGAAGCGGAGAAAUCUCCCGUUCAGACCUGAUGCAGAAGCCGGGUCGUAUAGGGGUAUUCUUGGAGAAGGCCUGAUCGACCUCACUGACCUGCUCGAGUGCAUAAAAAUAUUCUGAAGUUUGUAGUAUAUGUGUAUGACGACGGAACAUGCGUGUCAUGCAUCGAUUUCCUAUUCAGCUUCGAUGUCAGAAACCUACCGUAUAGGAGCAGAUAUCUUCUAGUAGGUCGUAUCUCUGCUGCUAUCAGCUCGGCGGGUAGUUGCGAGUAUGAUACGCUUGG